AUGGCAUCUAAUUCUUGGUGGUCCUCGUCUUCUUCGGAGGAAGAGGAGAUGUUUUACGCAAACGCUGUGGUAAAGGCGGCGCAGAUUUUUAGGGAAGAGGAAGAGGAAGACGUCUCGUCUGAAAGCGUUAUUACCAGACGAAAACGGACUAACAGAGACCGCCAAGGAGCGCACGAGAAAUUGGUGAACGAUUAUUUUUCGGAUGCACCCCUUUACAAUGCCGACAUUUUCAGACGAAGGUUCCGAAUGAGUCGCCGGUUAUUCACACGGAUUGCUGAUGAUUUGGUGGGGCUAGACCCGUUUUUCACGCAACGACCCGAUGCUCGGAAUUAUGAAGGGUUCAGCACGUUACAAAAGUGUACUGCGGCCAUUCGCCAACUGGCGUACGUGACAGUGGCCGACGCUUUGGGCGAGUACUUACAGAUGUCGGCAAGAACUACGCGGGAAUGUUUGUAUCGGUUUUGCCAUAAUGUGGUGAAACUGUAUAGCAAAAAAUAUUUGCGGAAACCAAACGCGUAUGAUGUUCAACAAUUGUACCAAGCUCAUGAAGCACGACACGGGUUUCCUGGAAUGCUCGGUAGCAUUGAUUAUAUGCAUUGGGCGUGGCAUAACUGCCCGAAUGCGUGGCGAGGCAAAUACACGCGAGGUGAUCACGGCUAUCCAACCUUAAUUCUUGAGGUUGUGGCCUCACAAGAUUUGUGGAUUUGGCAUUCUUUCUUUGGUCUCCCUGGUUCACUCAACGACCUCAACGUGCACUGA